UCCCCAGAGUCCUGGCUUCUCAACCCAAAGUAUUUCCUCUCAUUUUUCGCGAGAAACAAUAAAAAAUCCCCGUAAACCCAUUUCCCCAAAUUCAGUCAUUUCAAUGGCACGCACGAAGCAAACAGCAAGGAAGUCCACAGGAGGCAAGGCGCCACGUAAGCAACUGGCCACAAAGGCAGCUCGGAAAUCUGCACCGGCAACCGGAGGAGUGAAGAAGCCCCACCGAUUUAGGCCAGGAACCGUGGCACUGAGGGAAAUCAGAAAGUACCAGAAGAGCACAGAGCUGCUGAUCAGGAAAUUGCCGUUUCAGAGGCUGGUGAGAGAAAUAGCACAAGAUUUCAAGACAGAUUUGAGGUUCCAAAGCAGCGCAGUGGCUGCUCUUCAAGAAGCAGCAGAGGCGUACCUUGUGGGAUUGUUUGAGGAUACCAAUCUGUGUGCUAUUCAUGCUAAGAGAGUCACCAUUAUGCCAAAGGAUAUUCAGCUUGCUAGGAGGAUUAGAGGAGAGAGGGCCUAGUAAAUACUUCAGGGUUCUUUUGCUGGUGGUAUCUUUGUAGCUCCGGUCCAUGUUUCUCUCCUUCCAACUUUUUAUCUACUCUCUGUCUCUCUCCAGUUUUUUUAGGUUUA